AUGUCUUCCAUUCCGGUCCGCCGCGCUUCGAGUUCUGAAGGAGACUCGCAGCCGACGUCCGAUGAGAGGAAGAGAAAGAGGAUGAUUUCGAACAGGGAGUCCGCAAGAAGGUCUAGGAUGAGGAAGCAGCAGCAUCUCGAUGAUCUGAUAAACCAAGCCGAGCAGCUCAAGAACCAAAACAGCCAGAUCGACGUGCAGAUCAAUCUGGCGACACAGCAGUACGUCAAGGUGGAAUCUGAGAACGCUAUUCUAAGGGCUCAGCUGAGUGAAUUGACAGAGAGACUGCACUCGAUCAACUCUGUUCUCCGUUUCAUUGAGGAGGUCAGUGGAAUGGCCAUGGACAUACCGGAGAUACCAGAUCCUCUCCUGAAGCCAUUGCAGCUUCCCCGUGCGGCACAACCAAUCAUGGCCAAUGCUGACAUGUUGCAAUUCUGA